AUGGAGCCGCCGUCGGCGAGCCCGGGGCUGCUGAGCGCCCUGUCCCGGGCGGGGGGCAAUGAGAGCGGCGGGGAGGCGCCGACGGCUGACCCCGCCGCGGGGGCGGAGGAGGCGGGCUGGUCAGGCGCGGCGCUGGCCUCGCAGGCGCUGCUGCUGGUGCUGAUCUUCGCCCUGUCUGCGCUGGGCAACGGGGCCGUGGUGCUGGUCAUCGCCCGGCACCGGCAGCUGCGCACCGUCACCAACGCCUUCGUGCUGUCGCUGUCGCUCUCCGAGCUGCUGGGCGCGCUGCUCUGCCUGCCCCUCGCCUUCCUGCGCCUGCUGAGCCGCCCGCGCGGCGCCUGGCUCUCAGGCCAGCGCCUGUGCCUGGCCAGCGCCGCCCUGCACGCCGGCCUGGGCAUCGCCGCCACCCUCACCAUGGCGCUGCUCUCCUUCGACCGCUACUGCGCCAUCGUGCGCCAGCCCCGCCGCAAGAUGGGCCGCCGCCGCGCCGCCGCGCUGCUGGCCGCCGUCUGGCUGGCGGCGCUCGGCUUCGCCGCGCCCUGGUACCUGCUGGCCCAGGCGGCGGGCAGGGGCCACGGGGCCGGCUCGGGCCGCUGCACCUACGUGCUGCUGCCCUGGGGCUCGUCGCGGCUGGGCCCGCCCUACAGCGCGGCGCUGAUCGUGCUCUGCUACCUGCUGCCCUUCGCCCUCAUGUGCUUCUGCCACUACAACAUCUGCCGCGCCGUGCGCCUCUCCGAGAGCCGGGUGCGGCCGCUCACCACCUACGGCCACCUGCUGCGCUGCUACGGGGAGAUGCGCACCGCCACCACCGUGCUCAUCAUGAUCGUCUCCAUCAUCUGCUGCUGGGGGCCCUACUGUGUCCUGGGGCUGGCGGCCGCUGCUGGCCACCUGCCCUUCUCGCCCACCGUGGACGCCGUGGCCAGCUGGAUGGCCUGGGCCAAUGGCGCCAUCAACCCACUCAUCUACGCCGCCCGCAACCCCAACAUCGCCAUGCUGCUGGGCCGCAGCCGCGAGGGCGGCUACCGGACUAGGAACAACGUGGCCGCUUACUUGGCUGCCCGGGGCCAGUGCCUGGAGGCCCACGGCCGGGCCGAGCCAGGCCAGGAGCGCUAUGCCCAGCAGCGGCCCUGGGGCCACGCCGCCAGCGCCCUCUCGUCCUCCAGCCCGGCCAGCGGCGGCGAGGUGGCCAUGUGGGCCUGCAAGAACCCGGCCGUGCUCUUCUGCCGCGACGCGCAGCCCGACACGGCCUCCCAAGCUGCCCUGCCGCCCAAAUCCGACACCGCUGAUACCAGCCUCUGAAGCGGCCAGGGGGGCCUGCUGGGAAAGCUGCCUGACGCCGGCUGCCUCGGGCUGUGGAACAGGUGCCCACGGGAAGGACUGGGAGACCCAUGGCUUGGGCCGUUUGAAACUAGGCUGAGCAAAGCGCCAGUUACUGGGGAGCAAUGUGCAGUAACCCGGGGGCUGCACUGGAUGAACUAGUGGGGCUGCCCCAGUGCUUCAGUUCUUACUGCCAGCGUGGGAGACAAAGGAAGCACCCAGGGGCAGGUGCACUGGCUCUCCCCAUUUCAAAAGGAGACCAAAAAUGCCAGGGAGAGCAGCUGAAAUGAGCCCAGCACAGAGCUGAUGAGAGAAAGGGUGGCAGAAUCACCCUGUGAACUCAUCUCGGUUUAGCAAAAAAGUGCCAGUAGGAAGUUACCAUCACCACAAGCCACCUGACCAUUGGAAACUGUUAAGUGCAAAAAAAAAAAAAAAAAAAAAAAAAAAAAAAAAAAAAAAGAGG